AUGGUGAUGCUAAAUUCUAAUAACGUUAAGGUGUUUCUGGAAAAUACCCUAAAACCGUAUGAUUUGCAUUCUGUAGACUUUAAGACGACAUCUUUACAGUCAUCUAUACUUCUAACAGCCACUAAUGGAGGCAUACUGUCGUACGCAACCUCGAACAGUGAUGUGCUGAAGAACUCGAUAAACGAAAUAAAUUCAGUCAAUAAUCUGAAAAUGAUGACCCUACUGAUAAAGGAUAAGUGGUCAGAAGAUGAAAACGACACCGCGGAUCAAACCUCCAAUAGUUGUUACCCUAUAGAGAUCGAUUCUUUUAAAACUAAGAUAUAUACAUAUGAAAUGGAGAAUCUACAUGCCUGUGUCGCACAGAUACCCAACAGCGAUCUUUUGCUAUUGUUCAUAGCGGAUGGUACAUUUCCCUACGGGCUGCUAGUUUUCAAAAUUGAAAGGGCGAUGAGAGAACUAACCGAUUUGUUUGGUUACAGGCUAGGUUAA